UUACAUCUUCCUUACACCUAUAAAAUCAGCAUGUCUCAGAAAUAUAUAGGCCCAAAACUAAUCCUAGAAUCAAUCAAUCUUCAUACCUUUUUCGGACUUUAAUUUCAUCGUCUUGAAUUUGGAUAUAUUUGUGUGUUAAUAUUAGCACAAUGGUUAGAGCCCCUUGUUGUGAUGAAGAGAGCAGUUUGAAGAAAGGUCCCUGGACAACCGAAGAAGAUGCAAAAUUGAUGGAUUAUAUUAGCAGAAAUGGCCAUGGAAGCUGGAGAGCUCUCCCCAAGCUUGCUGGCCUCAACAGGUGUGGCAAGAGUUGCAGAUUAAGGUGGAUAAAUUACCUGAGGCCUGAUAUUAAGAGAGGAAAGUUCUCCGAAGAGGAAGAAAGAGUUAUCAUCAAUCUUCAUUCAGUUCUUGGAAACAAGUGGUCAAAGAUUGCAACUCAUCUUCCAGGGAGAACCGAUAACGAAAUCAAGAACUAUUGGAACACCCAACUGAGAAAGAAGCUCCUGCACAUGGGGAUUGAUCCAAACACUCACAAGCCAAGGACUGACCUCAAUCAGCUCCUCGACCUUACAAAGUUGCUCGGCGCGGCAAGUGUUGGCAACUCGAACAUGAUGACUAGUCCUUGGGACAAUGCCCUGAAGCUGAAAGCAGCUGCAGGUGCUGCCCAACUUACCAAAAUGCAGUUACUUCAACAUUUAUACAUGAUGCCGGUCGUGAGGACAAGUAAUAGUAGUGUUCCUCCUAAUAAUUAUAAUGUAGACUUGAUGAACCCUUCUAGUAGCCUUUUUGGUUCUCACAUUCUUAAUCCGUUUGGAGGAGGACAUGUGAGUGGAGCAAGUACCAUGCUAAGUGGUCAAGAAUGGAACCAGCAGGCAGAUGUAGUCGAUGGCUUCCACUCGAUUUCUAACUCGUUAGAAGGAUUUGAAGGUGGGUUUGGUGCACAAGGAGUUAUUAGUAGCAACAGUCCUGAUCAGGAGAACAUGAGCAGUAGUUGUUGCUAUGAUGAUAUAUAUUUGCAGACCAAGAACCACCCACUUCCUGCAUUAGUUUCAUCAUCAUCAGUAUAUCCUGGGACUUCUUCAGCAGCGAACCAAAUGGAAAUGAGCAUGAGUGGUCCUGCAGCACCUGCGCGCACGGCCAUCUUUGAUGCUUUGGAGAAACUCUUGGAUGAUGAAACAAGUGAAUCCUACUGGAAAGAUAUUCUAGAAUCAAUUUCAUAAAUUCCUUCAUCGUGAUCUCUCUGGCUCGUACAGCCUUUCAACUUUGAAGAAACUUUUCAACUUCAGACAGAAAAAUUAUUUCUGCAUUCAUUAUUCGUUAAUAAGGUUUAUUUUUCGGAUUGGUUAUUGCUUGAUGUGGCUUCUGAAUUCUCAACUCAUAUACAUAUGUUUUUAUGUACUCGGCACCUAUGUGAAAAGAUUAAUUACCUCCAAA